UUCCAUUCACUUCACGACAGAUCACGAGACAAACUCAGUCUCCACCGAGCAAUCGUAUUGACCUCAUCCUCUUCCACUACCUCACCAUCGAAGUCGCCUGCCAAUCUCAUCGAACCCACACAAACAUCGACCACACUCGCCAUCAUGGCUAACAAGCGGAUCAUGAAGGAGUUCCAAGAGAACACAAGCAGCGCGCCAACAGGGUGCAGCAUCAAGCUGGCCAAGGAAGACGACAUGAAUCUGUGGGAUGUGACCAUGGACGGCCCGGCCGACUCAGCAUACGCAGGCGGCAAAUUCCACAUCCAAGUCAUCCUCCCCAAAGAGUACCCGUUCAAACCUCCAACGCUUUCCUUCAAGACCAAGAUCUACCACCCGAACGUGAGCAACGACGAACGCGGAGCCAUGUGCCUCGGCAUGCUGAAGGCGGACGAAUGGAAGCCACCGAACAAGAUCGCGGACGUGCUCAAAUUGGUACGGGCGGUGCUGGCUGCGCCCCAGCCGGACGAUGCAGUCGAGACGGGCAUCGCGGACGAGUUCAAGAACAACAACGCCGGGUUCCAGAAGACCGCGAAAGAGUGGACUGCGAAGUAUGCGAAGUGA